AUGGAAAUAUUAAAUGAGGAAAUAUACGAUGAAAAUGUUCCAACCGAUCUCAUUGAUUCAGGGUCAUUACUUCAAAAUAUUCCAACGGAACAAACUGAAUCAAAGUUAUUAACUGAAUGCAAAAGUUUUAAUUCCACUAGUAGUAAUGUACAAAUUAAUAGCAGACGUCUUUAUAAAAUUGAAAACUCUGGAAACGGAACAACUCUCCAACAAAAUAGAUAUGCAAUUAAGAUAUCUUCAGUUGUUGAACAAAAUAAUAAAGGAAUUCACAAAACAAAUGAAAAUUUCAAUCUCAUAUAUCCUGAAGCGAAAUCUCUUAGUAUAUUAGAUUUUAUGUUAAGUAAAAAGAACGUAGAUGCAAUUAAGGAAUUUGUAUCCAUUUGUCAUGGGUUUUUCGAUUAUUUUGGUAUUAGUAAAAAUGAUAUUAUUUGUUGGGAAUUUGGAAAAAUGACUGCUACCAUACCUAAUUAUAUGAUAAUUAGAGAUCCAGAGUCAAAUUCUAUUAUAAUAUCUAUUAGAGGAACAUUGAAUCUUGCAGAUGUGAUCACGGAUGUGAUGACAUAUUAUGAACCGUGGAGAGAUGGUUUUGUUCAUCGUGGAAUGUUGCGCAGUGCACAAUAUCUUGUUAAAAAUUCUUUAAAGGACAUUCGAUCUGCAGUAAAAAAAUUCAAAGUCAAUUCAAUACAAGUAAUAGGACAUUCAUUGGGUGCUUCUGUAUCAUGUCUCGUAACAAUGCUUUUACGAAAACGAUGCAAGGAUCUAAUUGCAAAGGGAAUCGAUAUUCAUGCUUGGAAUUUUGGAACUCCACCAUGUUCUUCACUUGAUCUUGCGUGUAAAAAUGAAACUAUGAGUUACAUCGAUAAUUUUGUGAAUGAGAAUGAUAUUGUUCCGAGAUUAAGUUAUGGAAGCUUGAUAGAUUUCAGAGAAUUGGUUAAAUUUGUGGCUAACAAAUUAAAGGAUGAUGAUUAUAAAAAGAUACCAUCAAAGGAUAAACAUUCUACGUUAAUGGCUUCCAUUGAUGAAUAUUACAAAAAUUUAAAAUCAAAUUCACGUGAACAAAAAUUAUAUAUCCCUGGUACAGUACACUAUUUAUAUAAAAAACGGAAUCCUUCCAAUCCGUUACUAAAAGAAAUAUUAUGUGAAAAAUCUACACAAGAAUCAUUCAUAGAUAUUACUUUACGAAAGAAUUUUCUAUUACACCAUCUUCCAGAAAAAUAUGAUAAAAAGUUAGGAAAGGUUAUAAAGCGUUUGGCUAAAAAUUCAAAGAGCGAUUAA